AUGGCUAGUAAUAAUAAUAAUCAAACGGAAACAACAAUUUAUCAAACACUCGAUGAAUUAGGAAUAUCUCCUAUACCUUCAUUUUUAUUAGGAUCAUCUUUAAUAUUUAAAGGUUUAUUAAGUUCAGGCCAAUCAAUUUCAAAAAUACCAAAUCAAGGUACUUCUGGUUCUAGUUUUAAAUUUAAUCAAAAAUUAUCAAUUGCAAAACCAACAAGGUUAUCUUGUUUUACAUUUGGAGGUGCUUCAUUAUUAGGAUCUUGGAUGUUAUAUGAUGGAGAUCCAUUAAAUGCUUCUGGUUUUAAUAUGGCAUGGUCAGGAUUAUAUUUAUUAGUUAAUGGUAAAUCAUCAAUUAAAAGUGUAAUACAUGGUAGAUUAUCACCAAUUUUAUUAAGUAGUUUGGCUUUAUUUAAUACGGGAUUAUAUGGUAGAGAAUUUUUUUGGAGUAAACAAAGUCCAUUCAAAUAG